GGACUCCCUCUCCAUCAUUUCGCCUCCUCGUCCCUCACUUGUUGGAUGUGUCCGUUUCCUGUGAUUUCACUCUUCCUGCUGGUUGUUUGUCCUCUCAGAGUCCAGACUGCUGCUGCUGCUGCUGUGCGUGAAGGUUAACGCGUUUUCACACGUUUCAUCCGCGUAAAGGCUCAUCCUGAAGCCUUGCACCUGUUUGGUUUGUUUGUUUGCGUAUACCGUGACUAUGCUCCGUACUCCAGUGGCUGCUGGUCGUGGCUGUCUCUGCAGCCGUCUCUCUGACCUUUAGUUUGCUGGUCCCACAGCGGGAGUGUAUAGGGUUUUCCUGGCGGCGUUGUGCGCUCUGGACUCCGGCUCAUCCUUUGGAGAAGUUCCGCCGCAGUCCCAUGCACCGCGCGUCUCUCCUCCAUCCUCUCCUCCAUCCUCUCCUCUCCUCCUCUCCUCCUGCUGCGAUAAGGAUGCUGGCGGCUUUACACGGUCAAACUCCAACAGGAUUAGCCUGAGUUGAACAAACGGACCAUGUAACCAGAUCAGAGAUGUUCAUACAGUGUGGCUAUCCAGCGGUGUGACCUCUCACCUUUGACCUCUGAUUUGAUUUCUCUUCACCCUUACAACCUUCAAACACUCUUCUGAUGUGUUAAGCAACUUUGCUGAACAGUUUGAUGGAGAGCUGGUCGGAUGACAGCUGGAACUGUUGUCAUAACCGGAGGAAUACUGGCCACAGUGAUACUUCUGUGUAUCAUAGCAGUGCUCUGUUACUGUAGACUCCAGUACUACUGCUGUAAGAAGAAUGGGUCUGACAGCGGCUCCAUCUCUCAGCAACACUUUGCCUGCAACGCCUGCAGCGUCUCUGGCCUGGACGGGUCGAUCGUCACGCCGCUGUCCAUGUCGCCACCAGAGCCCCCCGCAUCCUCCGACCCCACCAAACCCACAGGGGGGCGACGCGGUUACUGCCCCACCUGCUCACCCUACGACUCGCCCUUCUAUAUCCGCACCACUGAUGAGAUGCGAAACGGCGGCGAGCGCAUCACCUACAUGCCCACACACUAUGAGAACCAGGCGCUGGCGAUGCCGCUGCCCGCCAUCCGAGGCUCCCUGCUGAGGGAGACUCAGAGAGGCCGGCCUCCCGAUUUCUACACCAACACCCGAGCCAUCAGCACCGAGGUGUGACCCUCCCUCUCCCAACACCACCCAUACAAACACAUACACACACCACUCUCUUCACUUACACACACACACCAGCACCACCACUAACAAGACCACACACAUACUUUUGACACCUGCUGCAGCUGCCAGUGAGGAUCUGCUGGAUAAAGGCCCACUGUUAGUGGAGGUUAUCCCAUUUAUUUAGGGUUCAGGGUUAAGUGAGGAUUGUCUAAGACAAGUGCUGAAGACUAAAGUGUGUGGGAUCACUUCCAAACCUAGUUCCUCACUUUAUACCCUUAGAUUUUAAGUUUUCAUGUUCACUAAGAUAGUAAUUCUGUAAUUGAUGGUAGUAAAACUGUAGGUUUCUUGUAGGAAAAUGUCUCUUUGUGCUCCCACAUGAAGGGUAUGAUUGUAAACAUGUUGACUGUUACUGUGUCUUUACUGACUGAGGGCUAUCUUAGAUAAUUUAUGAUUUCCCCCAACUACACAUUUUCCUAAUGACUGCCAAAAAGACAAAAAAUGAGUGUAAUGAAGUAAAUAUGAAGCAAUUUUGUCAUAAUAAGCAGAAUGGAGAUACAUUUUGGAGAUACAUUUGAAAAAGUUGGAUGAAGGAGAAGUCAACAUCCCCUCUGCAGUUUUCUGCAUCUCUGGAAGCAUGCUCGAGUUACAGGAAAGGUGGAAGAGGGCGGACGACUGGUGCUUUCUCUAUGCAACUGCAGCUCUUCAUCUCCAGUCAUCUCCUUUUUGACUCAUCAUGUAACUUUAUUGGAGGAAUAUUGUAAGCACGGUGCACACCCAGUAAGAUAUGACGAUGCUGCACAUGUAGAUAGACAUACAAGCAUAUAAAACUGGAUCAUGGAUGGUACUGUUGUUCUCUUGGGUUGCCAGAUCCACACUGAACACCCACUUUCUCCACUAAGGUGUAAACCUGUGAAUGAGCGAGGAGCCAUUGAACGCAACAGUGGCGAGCUUGAAAUGAACGGAGUGAAUUUCUCCUUUGACAGUGAUGCAAAAAGUUUGAUAUGUAAAUAUUAAUCGGAAAAGCAAUGAACGUGCGUCUCUUGAUUCCACUGUGUUCCUCUUGACGAACACGAGAUGGGAUUUGAACAUGAUGUAUUUUGAAUGAGGGGGUGUGAUUUACUAGUUUGUGCUAUUUUGUGUACACACUCCUCCUAUACUCCCGUACUACUCUCAUGUUGAAUCUUCGAAAUGCAAAUAACCAUGUCAUUUCUUUUCAUGUUUUUUUCAUAUUGUGAGGAAGUCAGAAUACACAUUUAUGUGAUUGAAAAUUGUUUCACAGUGCUCAUUUUCUACAUAACACUUACCCAGCAUUGCUUGUCAUACACAAUAAUAUUUCCUGUGAUAUGUGUCUUUAUAUGUAUGUGUACAGCAGGAUUCAGUGAGGCCGAAUAAGCAAUGCAAGAAACCUUAAGGACUUGCAUGGUGUGAUAAUGUUGGGUCAUUUUGCAAGACUUUCAGGCAUUAAACAAUAGUGCAUAUAA